CGCCGUCUCCUCUUGCAUUCCAGACGACACCUUACCCAGUGGAUGGCAUCGGGAUACAGUUUCCACAAGUCGCGGACAUCCAGCAAAGUUGCGGCUUUAUUUGUGCCCCGUUGGAUUUUUCAUAUGGUUCGCUUGCGUGCAGUUUUUAGAUGAUGGGCAGGAUUCUGAAAAGCCUGAUCCAACAAAUCCAAUGAAAGCUACCAAUCAGGCCGACAUUCGUCAGGAAAAUCCAGUCACAAUCUUUAGUCCUCCGUUUGGCCCUCAAUCGGUCUUAUCAACAUGCCCUAUUUGUCGGCAGAACGUGGAGACCAAAGUGGAAUAUACAGAUGGCAGUUUUACUUGGUUACUGUGCGGAUUAUUGUCAAUGUUCGGGCUGGUUUUUGGUUGUUGUCUUCUACCAUUCUUCUGUCAGUGUGCCAAAGAUGUUUCGCACUCUUGUCCAAAUUGUGGGAAUCGUCUGGGUGUUUAUCAUCGGCUGUGACUCGAUUGCGGACAGAACAAAUGAAUCUCAUGGAUUCAAGUAGAAUCCAGCUAAGCAUCAUUUCAAAUUCAUUCCUGAAAUCUCAG